CCCGCCUCUUUGGUGCUGGCUCCGUCUACGGCUUUGCCAACCAACUGCCUCUGCCCGCCUUCAGCUCAACCAGCACCAGCACCAGCAGCGAAUUUCAAGCAUAUUGCGAUAGAGAUAGAGAGAGGACGAGAGAAAGACAAGAGCAUCAAACCUUUUAUCCCACCGACGCCGCUUUCGAAUCAGCCGCUAUCAAGUACACACCGAUCCCUUCCUACUACGAACAUCCAUUCGCAACCUACAGUAUCUAUUUCGUAUAUCACUCUCUCUCGAUCAAGCCUCGGACGAACCCAGACCGUACCCUCCCAUAACCUCACACACUACCUCGAUCACGACACCGACACCGUCAAAGGCGACGACGGCGCACUGCGACUACGAUACUUUCUCCCUUCCUCCCUCCUUCAACUCCGUUCGCCUCGUCUGAACCUUGUCGCACCCCUCCCCUUACUAUUCCUAGCUAUCGGGCAACAAGACCUUACCCUCUCCUCUCUCCGCCGCCAAACAAAUCCGUCGCAAUCAGCAGGCCAACAAGGACGAGAACAGAAGAAGAAAGCAUCUAGACGACUUCCAUCGCCGUCCACAGACCACAGCACCCCCUCCUCCCCCGGCCGACGAAUCACCAGGGGCUCAACCUCCUGCCAAACCUGCCUCGAGUCUCAACACAAACGCCCGCGCGCGACUUCGACAAACUGCACUCGAAUUGCGUGCCCUCUGUGCCAAUUCCAUCCACAACGACACCCCUCAGAACCAGUCGGAAUCCGUUCCUGUAGAUCGUCCGGGGCAUCCAUCUUGGGCAGCUGCUCAGUCUCUCAGAGAACUAUACCCAGACACCCCAUACUCUUUUUCCACCAAAAAAGAUACACGCCAAUCCUCUUCCAGUACCUGUGACGCCAGGUCUCUCUCCACAGAGUUCCUACCCGAAAUCGACCUUCCCCUGGCUCGCACGCCAUCGCCAGGUCCUCUCGCCUCACCAACACCCAAAACGCCCAGCGGCCACGACUGUCACUCUGUCACUCCCUCCCCGUGUCACUCGCUGUACCGUACGGAUACACGGUCCCGCCCCUCGUCGUCCUCUCUGACUCUGCGCUCGUCGUUUGCUUUGUAGGCUGUGUUCCUCAUUGUACACCUCCCCUACCGCCGCCCGCGACACCAACAAACCCAACCGAACGGCUUUCCGUCUCGCCCCGGAUGAUUUGACACCAUUCACCCCAACUGUUCUGUGCUCUGCUUCCAUUGCUUGCUGAAACAUAUUGCGGCCAUGGACCUCGCAAGCACGUCAACCGUCCCGGAUCCCCGGAGCCUGAACCUAAACUUGAACGUGGGCCUCGACCACAACCUCGACACCAAUAACUCGUCGCCCAGUCACCGCCAUGACGAGCUCGCCUCGACUUCUCCUUCCUCUGACUACUUCAAGAACACACCGACUUUCACCGCUACCGCCGACGUAAACUCCACACCACUCUCCUCCUCUACCUCCCAUCACAACCACAAUCACAACCACAACCACACACUUGCUCCCAACGCCGCUGCCGCCGCCAACGAUGUGACUACUGUGAACCAUCCAUCCAGAGACAACUGCGACAGACGGAGACCUGACGAAGGAGAAGUCUCAAAGUUCCCCGCGAACAUGCCUACCCAGCUCGUCGGCCAGACAGUUACCCCCUUCCUCCGAGAACACAUCCCCGGCAUCUACGCUCCCAUCGGUAAACCCGAUGUCCAAAACGAAAAUAACAACUCCCUCAUCCAGAAGCGAGACCCUACCAACAGCAAGUUCUGUUAUCGUCACCGCCCCGACGCAAAGUGUCGUCGCGCGGCCGACGAGUCCAAGAUGGUCUUGAUUCAAAGUGAACUCGAUAAGCUGCCGUCUGCCGAUCAGCAAGCCAUCACACAUGUGUGGUCCCUCUUCUCCGCCGCCCCCGCCAAGCACCGCGACCUGAUGCUCCAGGGUAUCAUCACUCAAUGCUGCUUCCCUCAACUAUCCACCGUCUCCCGAGAAGUACACGAACAGCUCAAGAUUGACUUCAUGGCUGCGCUACCCACCGAGAUCUCAUACAAGGUUCUCGGCUACCUCGAUACCGUCUCCCUCUGCAAGGCCGCUCAAGUCAGCCGGAGGUGGCGGGACCUCGCCGACGACGACGUUGUCUGGCACCGCAUGUGCGAGCAACAUAUUGACCGCAAGUGUACCAAGUGCGGCUUCGGCCUUCCCCUCCUGGAGCGUAAGAGGCUACGAGACUGGAACAAGCAAAAGGAACUCGCCGAAGCUAGGAGUCUGCAACAGGAUGCUGCCGUACAAGAGGUCGAAGAGGUUGAAGAGAUCCCGACAGCCUCUUCGCCCAACGCCAACAAGAAGCGAGAACUAGUUGUGCUCGACGAUAGCCGAAAGCGUGCUUGCCUGAGCGACCCAGGCGAGCCCAUGGCACCCAAAGCCGGAGCAGAGAAGGAGCGGGAACGUCUCAUUCGGCCGUGGAAGAGCGUCUAUCGUGACCGUUUUAGGGUCGGCUUCAAUUGGAAGUACGGUCGAUGCCACAUCAAAACCUUCAAAGGACACGACAACGGCGUGACCUGCUUGCAAUUCGACGACGAGAUUCUUGCCACGGGAUCCUACGACGCCAAGAUCAAGAUUUGGAACAUUGAGACGGGAGAGGAGAUUCGCACUCUGAGCGGGCACACGAUGGGCAUCCGUACCCUCAAGUUUGUCGGCAAUAAGCUCUUCAGCGGUAGCUUGGAUCACACAGUCAAGGUGUGGAACUGGCAGACGGGUGACUGCAUCAGCACACUGCGUGGCCACAGCGAAGGUGUCAUCACCGUCGACUUUGAUGGAAAGUACCUCGCGUCGGGUUCCAUCGACAAGUCGAUCAAGAUCUUCAACUUUGACAGCAAGGAAACGUUCUGCCUCCGUGGCCACGAGGAUUGGGUCAACCACGUCCGUCUGGACCCUGGAUCGCAGACGCUCUUCUCAGCCUCGGAUGAUUGCACUGUUCGACUAUGGGAUCUGCGGAAUAAGACAUGCAUCAAGACCUUUGAGGGCCACAUGGGUCAGGUGCAGCAGAUUCUGCUGAUGCCAGAAGACUUUGAGCCCGAUGAAGAGGCACUCGCUGGUGAUGGCGCCGAUAAUGUGUCAGUCCACAGCGGCAGCGGCCGGAGCACGACGCCGACGGCGUUUGCCAACGUGGCGUCGAUUCUCGGCUCUUCUUUCGGCGGAGGAGAUUCCGGUUCCCCACCGGAGGACGACCGGACGUCGUUCGGUUGCGCCUUCAACUCGGACCCCACUCGGCAGCUGCCGCCCCGCUAUAUGCUCACCGCCGGUCUCGACAACACGGUCAAGGUGUGGAACAUCCACACUGGCAAAUGCCUCCGCACCAUGUUCGGUCACGUCGAAGGUAUCUGGGGCCUGGUCGGUGAUACUUUGCGUAUUGUUACCGGCGCCAACGACUCCAUGGUCAAGGUCUGGGAGCCCAAGAGCGGCAAGUGUGAGCGCACCUUCACUGGCCACUCUGGCCCCGUCACCUGUGUGGGCUUGACCGACAGUCGCAUGGCCAGCGGAAGUGAAGAUGGCGAGGUGCGCCUGUACAGCUUCGAGGCAGAAGCCCCUCUCCUCGAGGAAUGCGGUACUCCAGCAUGAUGGAGCUGCGAUGGAAAGUUUUGUGUUUCUUCUUUUUUGGGUUUCCCUUCCUCCUUGUCAAAAGGAUUCCAUUGUUUCAGGCGGGAGUUUUGCAAAGACGAUUCCCCAACGGCGAUUUAUGAGAGACGGAAGUGUUGUUUGCACAACGGAGAAGCGAUUUCGUUGCGGCUCAUCUCAUUCUUGUUCAGAUUAUUUAGAUGUCCUCGUGGACCACAGGGACCGGGACCGGUACUAGGACGGGCGACGAAGCCCGACCGUAUGGGAUGGCGUUUAAGGAGUCAUUUUGUGUCCUGAAGAAACCCGAUAGGAAAACCGAAAAAGGGAAUUGGGUGGUUGGGUGGCAUAGGAGGGAAAAUCUAGCGGCGCGCUUCUUCCAAGUUUGGAAUAUAUCAUGAGCCC